AUGCCGGCCGCCCUCUCUUGCCUUCCCCUUCUUCGUGGAAUCAAAACGAUCAAGGUCCCCGUCAACGUCGUCGCCUGCAACAGCUCGACGACCGCGACGGUGUUGGGUACGUCCGCGGCGAGGUGGGGUGGCAGCUCGUCGGUGCUGGUGGAUGGAUGGGACUUCACCUCCCUCCCCAUACCUGGGCGGGCGCGAGGACUAGUGGCUGAGUGGCGCGCCGGAAUGGCAGCCCUGCUACGAUUUGUUCGCGGGAGACCUGAGCGCGACGGUGCUGCCGUCGUCUCUGCUCAUCGUCUGCAUCGAUUGCCUCAAGACCUGUCUCCUCGCCUCGACGUCGCCCUCGAGGCACGACCACGGUCCUCGCCUAGCGUGGCUCCUUCGAUAUCUCCGCCGCUGACCGAAGCCUCAACGCUCGUCUCGUCCUCAGCCUCAGCGUCGUCUUCGAUCAUCGCUCCUGCCCAGCGCAAUCUCUUCGACGAAGACCUUUUCGCUGCUGCGUUCACGCGGCGCCGCUGUAUACAGACUUCUCGCCACGUACUGAAUAUGUCGUAGUUACCGCGUAUAAUAUCCUCGUACCCUUCUCUAUCGCCGAAGGUCAGCGUGAAUGAUAUUUUACGUGCAUGGUUCUCAACGUCCCGUGCGUUCGCAU